GCCAACGGCCGCGAGGAUCACAAGGAAGGGCACACAUUCAAAAAUGCUGCGCCAAUUGCUCAAAGGUGAAGGCAAUAAAAUAUUUGUAUUCAUUUUGCUCUAUUGCGUGCUCGUGAGUUUCCUCAAGCUGUGCAUGGCCCAGUCCGAUAAUACGUUGCCGGUCAACGAUAACGACAUUGCGCACAUUGGAGAUGAUUGUCAGGUCACCCCAGUCAUACACGUACUCCAAUAUCCGGGUUGUGUGCCAAAGCCCAUACCAUCGUUUGCCUGUGUCGGACGCUGUGCUAGCUACAUACAGGUGUCUGGCAGCAAAAUUUGGCAGAUGGAACGCUCGUGCAUGUGUUGUCAGGAGUCGGGAGAACGCGAGGCAGCUGUCUCAUUAUUCUGCCCAAAGGUGAAGCAUGGCGAGCGCAAAUUCAAGAAGGUGCUGACAAAAGCGCCCCUAGAGUGCAUGUGUCGCCCCUGCACUUCGAUCGAGGAGUCGGGCAUUAUACCGCAAGAAAUUGCAGGCUAUUCUGACGAAGGGCCAUUAAACAAUCAUUUCCGACGCAUUGCAUUACAGUAAGCUGCUAGCUAUUAUUAAACCUAUAUUUUUCGGAUACUUGCCGCGCACACACUAUUUUAACAUCAAUAAAUUCACAAAAAAAUAGUUCGGUAUAUGUGCCAGACCAGUA